AUGUUUAAAUUUUCACUCGACCAAUUCUUAAAUCCCCACAUCUGGCCCAGCCAGGUGUACCGCUUCCCACAGCCGUUGCGGCGAUUCAUGGGAGGCUCCCAACCAAAGCCAGUCUCGGAUUAUUGGUUGUGGCUCGAUAUUCUCUUGGGCACUUUUUGCGGAAUCGCCGUCAUUGAGGCCGUAUUCAAGCUGCACACUGCCUUUACCGAGCACCAUCCUCCGUUGAUCAUUGCGAGUUAUGGUGCUUCGGCUAUUCUCUGUUUCAAUGCUACCGCAUCGCCCUUGGCCCAGCCUCGGAAUGUCAUCAUGGGACAAUUUGUCUCGUCUCUCAUUGGCAUAUGUAUCGAGAAACUUUUCUCGUUGUCUGAGGCCGGGAGAGAAAACUACUGGGCUGGUGGUGCCCUUAGUGUGGCUAUAUCCUCUGUCGCGAUGACCGUUCUCAACUGCGUCCAUCCGCCCGGAGGAGCCUCUGCUCUUUUGCCAUGUGCCGAUGCGAAAGUGAGAGCCAUGGGUUGGUGGUAUUUGCCGGCGCAGUUGGUGUCUUCCGUGUUGAUGUUGGCCGUGGCAUGUUUGGUGAACAAUAUUAUCAGAAGUUAUCCUGUCUUCUGGUGGACUGUGGGUACCAUUGACAAGCAUCCUGUAGUAGUUGAGCCGGAGAACAUUGAAGAAUCGUCGGUGACGCUCUCUCGGUACCCGCUGGUGAAAGCAGCCAGUGAGCUCCCCAACAUUCAAUUUGUGGCCGAUAGAACCACCAUAGAUAUAUCCGAUGGCCAUGUUCUAGUCCCUGAAGGCUUGGAAUUGGAAGGGCUCGAGAUGGAAUGGCUUGCGUCUUUGCAAAAGCUUUUGACCAAAGCGGCUCCUGACGUUGCCAGCGUCAAUCUUGAGCGCCGAUUAUCGAGACAGAGUCAUUUCAACUGA